UUUGAAUUUGUUCAAAAUAGUUUAUAUUAUUUAUUGCAAGACACAAUCGAGGGUCUUGUUAUUUUAGGAAUCUACAAACAUUCCAUAAUAUUAUUAGAAAGCAGGUUAAAAUAUUUAAUAAUUCAGAAACUAAUUGUAGAAAAUGCACUAACAUACAGAAUAACCAAGAAAAGAUUUGAAGAAGUAGUUGUUGAGUUGAAAGAGUUGUUUCCGACUAUCAAGUCUGAUAAUUGGUACAGCAGAAAUCGUUCGAAUGCUCGUGGACAAGCUGUCACCUUUUCUGGUUCAUUAUUGAAUUAUUAUAAGGUUUAUCGCAAAAAUUUACCAGCAGCUCAUAUUACAGAUAGCAGUCCUGCUUUAGAGAAUAUUCAGACUAGUUUUGUUACUAUUACCGAUACAAACAGGCAUUUAAAUUUGAAACCUAUGACCGAUGAAAAUCGAUCGAGUUAUGAUAUUGGCAUUAUUCUCAGUACUUGGAAGGACUCAUUUGAAACGAAAUUCAAAAAUCUUGUAAAACAUCAAAACAAAAAAGUUUUUAUAAAGUAUGAAACGUACUUGAACACAUAUGUAUGUUUGAAUUGUUCAUUUGGCCUCGAAUUGCUUGAAACCGACAGCUAUACAAUUAUUCAAAAUUUAGCUAAGGAGAAACGCAUUCCCACAACAGUAGAAGACAACUUUCGCACAAUUUUGGGAACUCGUUGGCCUGUUUUGGCGGAGUUGAUUUUCAAGCAUGGUGAUAAUUCACAUAAUACAAGUAUCAAAGAAUUUAAACACAAACAUAAUAAUAUUAGUAAUGUUCCAAAAACAAUACUCGCAUUAUUUUAUGCUGCAUACACCUUCACUAAAACUACUACAAUUACAACAAAGAAGGAAGGAAAGUUUAACUUUCCCCGCGAUCAAUGUGUUGAGCAUUUCAUAAAAUUGCUUCAGAAUGAAACCGACGUCAUCGAUUAUAAGGUUCAACAUAAAAAAAUAUUAAAUAAUGUUGGAUUAGAUGCAGCACCGUAUUUUAUUUUUUGCGGCGAUUUGAAUAAUAUAACAAAGUCUUUUUUUGUUGUGGAUGUUCAUCUUUAUGACGGGAAAGAUCCUUUACAAGCUGUAGAAAAUUGUCUGAAAGCGUCUUUGGCUCUACAUUGUUGGACAACGACCUGUGUUAACGUAUGGCUAUAUUUAUUAGAACACGUAUACUCCAUACGUCCAUAUCUGUCCUGCGCAUUUCUACCAUCGAAAUCAGCUAAAACAGUGUCUAACUACAUUACUAAGAUCGAUCCUUCGUUCACAACUCUUACAAGAUUAAAAGACAUUGUAUCUACAGAUACGGUCGCUUCUACUACUACGGUUGUUAGUACUAAUAUGCCUGCUCCUGCAUAG